GUUCGUUGUCAAAUUAAUGAAUUAGUUUUACUUUAGAGUUGUUUUAACACUAGCAAAAAAUUCAUUUUCAUGAUUGGAAUGCAAUAUUCUCAAUCCCUUUGGCAGAACGUCCUCGGAGAGCACAAAAUUACUAGCACACAAUGAGUCAUGCAAUGCAGGGACCCCAUCCGUACCCGGUCCGACCCAAAACCGACAUCUUUCACGGCGAUCCAUUCAAAAUUCAGUCGUACAAAUUUCGCUAUGCCGAGCGACCCGUCUACCCAGUACAGCACUACCAGCGGCCCGAGCCACAGCCACAGCCGACCCCUAGCCGAGCGCCGCAGUUUGAGACAUACUAUCGCAAUGCCAAGUUUUCCCGCGAUCCGGAGUGUGCUUCAGCGACUCCGAGCGCCAGGAUGAUGGAGCAGGACAGCGCUUCCUUUGCGGAGAACCGGCGCCACAAUUACCUGCGCGACUCCCAGUUGCAGCAUAAUGUCUCGACGGAUUCUCCGCUGCUGAAGAGCUGCUGCAACCGCGGCGACUAUCAGACAAUGGAUCGGGGACAGAGCACUACAUCUCUCUAUCGAAACUGCAGCACCAAUGCAGCAGCUAUGAGCGCCUCUAGGUCAACAUUUGAGAAGAGGGAAAGGGAGUGGCAUCAGUCGGUUGCUGAUAGCAGCAGCUCCAGCAUCCAGCUGGUGCCCAAGAGAAGCGACUGCAGUGGCUGCGAGAUAAACAUUAACAAAGGUGCCCAGGAUUCGGAAUCGGAGGCGGACAACAAUUUGAGAAUCAAAAUUGAGACGGACACCUGUCUGCUGAACAACACGGACAGGGCGAAGCAACCGCCAGGACAUCAGCGCUCAAGCAGUGCCAGCCGAUCCACGGUCACCUUUGGCAUAGACAAGCGAUUGUCCAAAUUCAGUGUGGCCAAAAACAAGCCCAGGAUAAGCGCGGAGCAGGCAGCCAAGCAACGGGUUGCGGAGAGGGAGUUGGAGCUAAAAAUGGAGCGAGAACGCGCCAGGAAGCGGGAAAGGGAGCGCGAAAAUCUGCGCCAGCAGGAGAGGCAAAGGGACUACGAGCGGCUCCUCGAACUGGAGGUGGAGAGGGAGAAGGAGCGCCUCAGAGAGGUUGAACGGGAGUCUCAGCGACGCAAGGAGUACGAUGAGCACCAGGAACUCCUGCGACGGACAGAGCAAAAGCGGAGGGAAGUACCGAUGCCGAUGCCCCCCCUACCCGUCCCUCCUGUGAUAAUGACUUCCCAUCUGUAUAGGCGCACCUCUGACGAUCGUCUGCCCGGCAUGGUACACUUCUGUGACCGUCCGCCUGCCGCUGCCAGUAAGCGCUCCCAGCGUCUGCAGAGCUGCAACAAGAAUCUGCCAUCGCUGCGGGGCCAAAAGAAGCCAACAGCUCCGACCGUGCCUCCUCUAGCUUCCACGUUCACUGCUGCUUCUCCUAUCCCCAUGUACACUCCAGCUCCUGCAGAACCCAAGCACACUCCAGCUCCUGCUGUUCCCAUGUUCAGUACAGCUCCUCCUGUCAGGUCUGCCAGAAGUCUAGAGCGGACCAGUUCGGGUACGUCGAAUGGCAAUGUCCAUGUGUCGGUGAGCACCAAUGGUAGCCAUCGGCCAUCGACCACAGAGUUGUACGAGCAGAAGCAGCUGAACUCCGAUUCCCCAAUUCUCACUCGGCUCAAUAAUAUACCCAUUAGGAUAACAACGUCGCGUCCCCGAGACCGGGAUCUGGAGUUCUCAUUUAACCAAGUGCGGCUGCGAAAUCAUUCACCCAUUCCGGUUGUGAUACCACGGCUGAGCAGCAGUCGGUUGCUACAGGGGGACGAUAGCUCCGUGCAGUCAUUGAAUGUCAAUAUCACUGUCUAUGCGGAUACCAUCUCGCGUCGGAUGCGUAUGUAGUGGAGGGAGAUUCUAUGUAUGGGUGAUAUCAAUAUCAGGAGAAUUUUGGAACUCUGACCCUCAGGCAGGUGCAUUCGUAAAAGGAAUUUGUUUCAGAGUUGAUCUGAUGUUGAACCCACCUAUAAACAUACUCGAAUAUAUCCCAGAUGCGGCACUCGCCUGAA